AUGAGUGCCGCCCCGCCGCUGGCAGCUAAGACGGACAAGUAUGAGCAGGUCCUAUCCAAAUACGACUGGCGCUCGCCCUUCCCGCCGCGCGGCUACCAGUACGGGGCCGGGCGCGGCGCCAAGGCGUUUUCCACGUCUGCGGAGCUGAGCGCUGCCACAGGGGCGGGCGCUGCGNCUCUGCUGCCACCGUCGUCGGAGCGCAGCGAUCUGCUUGACGCGCUGGACCGCCUCGAGGAGGGCCGUCACAAGCGCCACAGGGAUGACGUGAAGGGGAGUCGUACGUCUGCUGUAGUUGUGGGUGUGGGUCGUGCUGCUGUGCAUGGCGGUAAGAAGGCGAAGGUGGAACUCUCCAUGGAAGACCUUGCUACUAUUGGUAGUGGUGUGGCUGCACAGUCACUCGUAAAACGCAAAGCACGCACCGAGGAUAUGGAUGUGGUCGACGAUUACGUCUUCGCGGACGAGACAGCUGUUGUGACGGCAAGCGACUUGUUACGUAGUCGCGACCUCACCAACAACCAAACGCUAGAAAACAUUCUUGGUAUGGGCUCUCCCACAGAGCAAACGACAUGGAUCACUCAUUCUCGCGCCUUCCGUGAGAUGGGCAUGACGAAGAAGGCACAGCAGACACUAGUGGAGGGGUGCCGGCUGACAGGGAACAAAGGACCACUCAUUUGGAAGGAGCGGCUUGAGCACAUGCAGGACCCUGCGGCGCAGCGGCAUCUGUUGGAGGAGGCGGUGCAGGUCUGCCACUGGUGUGAGGAGCUCUGGUUGCUCUUGUUGCAGCAUGAGCCGCCCCACGAGCAGCUGCACUGGCUGCAAAAAGCCGUAAUGGCAUGCCCAGCCAGUGAGAGCCUCUGGCUGCGUGUUCUUGCGCACGUUCCCACGCCCCGUGAUCAGAAGAAAAUUAUCCGCAAGGCGCUCGAGGUCACACCGCAGCUCCCAUCACUUUGGGCAAUGCUGGCGCGACUAGAGAACUACGAAACAGGGAAAGCCAUCUUCAACGCGGCUGCUGCAGAGCACGUUUCUCUGCAGAUUGUCAUUGAGGCUGCCAAAUACGAAGAGUUCCAUCUAAAGACACAGCCGGCGUCGAAUAUGCAAGGAAAGGAGGGAGGGGAUGUGGAGUCGCUGCGGCUGCUGGUCAACGAGAAGAUUCAGUCUUUUGUGUACCAAGCCGCUCAACGCUUCCUAGAGGUGGAUUCAGAGAAAUCGCGGCGGGAGUGGCUUGAGGCAGCGCACACUGCCGCUUCUGAACGGUACGUAAUGACAUCUGCAUACAUGUACCUGCACUUCGUGUCCGAUAGAAAGGCAGUAGCGCUCUCUGUGCCCACCACAUGGAUGGAGGAUCUGAUGGCCUUGGUGCCGGACGCAGUACAAACACACGAUGUACUGUGUGCGAUAUGGUCGGCGAUGCUUAUCCUCCUCCACACUAAUGGGCGUCUCCCGCACGGCGGCAGUGACAGCAAUGUGAUGGAUAAAGAGAUGGAGGUCAUGACAUGUGCUCUGCAGUUGGCUCCGUCACCUUCGAUUAACGCCGCGCUUUUGGCGUUGGCAAAUCACACGCCUGUGGUGAAUGUGUCGGUGAACAGAAGAAGGACAGUGGAAAAAGAGGAGGAGGAGGAGGAACUUGAUCGACCGGCAGCGACGGAUGCAGCCUUGCCGGUGGUGGACGGCUCGACAACCUCGGCCACCGCUGCGUCUCAGAGCCUGCCGCUGCCUCUGACAUGUGUGCUUGUUCGCACUCUGCUUUACACGCCGCUGCUCAGCACGGUGGAGGUGACACUCCGCAUUGCCAAGGAGCUAUACGAGCGCGGCUUCUACGAGGGUGCGUCCCGUGCGCUGAAGCUUGGUCUUGUGCGGCACCCAACGAGCACGGCCCUCUUUGCUGCAGCUGCAAAGGCAUUGAUGGCAGUGGGCUGUGAAAGUGAGGCGGAGCAGGUUCUGAUACAGGGGACAGAACUUGUGCCUGCGGACACGGACACAGCGUGGGUAAAGCUUGCUUUGCAUCGCCGUAGCAAGCAGGAGGACAUUGUGCCACUGCUUGAGAAGGCUCUGGCUGUGUUUCCAAAGUCAGAGCGGCUGUGGCUAAUGCGGAUGGAGGCGGAGGGGGCGAGGAUAAGACGCGCACUAGACGAUGUUUCAAUGCGAGGCGUCAGUACGGCACCACUCGUCAGCGAGCUGCGUCACGUCUGCAGAAGGGCGCUCAGUGCGGCACACUGUCGGUUUUCGCCCACAGCGUGGUGCUACGCAGCUGUGCAAUUGGAAUCCAAUCUUCUUACUGACGCCAGUGCUGCAAGGGCCUUGCUUUUGGAGGGUGAUGUUGUGUGCGGGCAGUUGCAGCACACUAAGAGGGCAGAGGUUCAAGCGGCUUUUGGUCUUGCGCGGUGCCAUGUUGAGCUAACACAUGCGGGGCGUGGGACUGCACUUGAAGUUGUGAGGGAAACACUGCAGCUUCUGCCAAAGAAGGAUGGCUGCUUCACAGUGCCAGUAGGGGAGCUGGUGGCACUUUCCAUUGAUUUGGAGGCCCCUGCUACGCGUGGGCGAGCAGCAGCGCAGGCUGUGCAGCAUUGGCGCGUGCGCGAUCCCCUUGUGCUUGCAGCCGUUGCGAAGGUGUACCACGCUGCUGGCAAGCACGACAAGGCACUGGAGCAGGCCCUAAAGGCUGUAAAGAUGAGUAAAGGCCGCUGUGGUGAUGUUGUCGCGUUGUGGCUGAAGCUGGCCUCUUUGCCUGCCAACAGUUCUGUGGUGGCGGAGAAGAUUGGCAUUGCUGACAACGUGGAGCUGACCAGCCCAGGUGAACCUAUUGCAGUAAGUGUAUUGCUGCCGUGGCUGUGCGAGCAGCUUGCUGCAGAGGAUGACAAGGCUGCUCUAGACAGCAACAAGAAGAAGAAGAAUAAUAAUAUCAACAGCAGCAGUAACAGAGUUGCACUGAAACCAAACAGUGGGCCACUGUGGGUAUUUGAGUCCAAGGCGAAGGAUCCGAGUAAUGUGACGCUGCUCGGGUACAGGGACUCUGUCGAGGUGAUGUUGCAGCGUGUGAUGGACCGCAUAGAACUCUGA